UUAAGCAUGCAGGAGGAGUGGUGUAAAUGUAAGUGAGUUGGGACAAAAAAAUGAGGAAUGAAAAGCAAAGUGUUAAGUGUAAGCUUGCAUGUAAGUUUAAAGGUAUUCGAAAUCCCACAUGUCUCCAUCUCUCACACGUACCCACCCCUCUCUUCCAAGUGUCAUUUGGCCUUGAUGUUGCCGCUUUCCCAUUCGUCCAUUCCCCUCUUAUAAUCACCACACCAUCCACCCCCUCCCUACCUUGCUGUAGAAAAAAAAUGAUCCAAACUAUCAACCCUUACGCCACCGCCAGAACGGCCGAGAUCAUGUCCCGGUAUCGCCCAAUCGCCCCCAAGCCGGAGGCCCCCGCCGCCGCCAACUCCACCGCCGACAACGACGGCAUUCAGAAGUCUCCUUACUUGAGGAAUGUGUGGGCCCACCUCCAGGCCCGCCCCACCCGCACGCGCAAGCGCGGCCGCACCGCCGCCUUCUCGCCCCCCUCCGUCAAGCGCCCCAGGACCUACCAGCUCGCCUCCCCCGCCAUGCAUGCCUUCACCCGCCCCAUCUCCAUCGACGCGCCCCUUCUCUACUGCGCUGCCCCUCCGCCCAAGGGCAAGGGGAUAGAUUUGAACCUCACGGCGGAUCAGGCCCCCGAGGAAUUAGACCUGCUGCUGCACCUCCACGCGCCCAAGCCCUCCGUCAUCUCGCCCCGCCCCGUCCGCCCCGUCGGCUCCAGCAUCAUCGUGGAGCUCAUCGAGGACGACCCCCAGCGCCCCACCAUGGCCAAGGGGGCGGAGGAGGCGGUGGAGUCGGAGGCGGUGCCGGCCAUUGUCUCGGAUUCCAACAACAAGGUGAGGAUGUGCAACUCCGCCUACAAGGAGAUGGUCGGCCAGCCCGAGUGCUGCUGGCUCGACUGCGCCGCCAGCGGGAAGCGGGGGAGGAUCGGAGGGGAGGUGUCGCUACGCUUCGUGGAGUCGGAGGUGCAGCAGUCGAUGGCGGCCUUCACGUGCUCGGUGAGGAUAGAGUGGGAGACGCAAGGGAAGAAGAUGUGUGUGAAUGCUUCUUGCAGCGCUGUCAAAUUGGUUUGCCAGAGUAAAGACUACCAGUUUUUGUGGAGGUUUCAUAACUCUAAAUCUGCUGCUGCUCAUUCCGACAAUUCUAACUUGUAAAUUUCUAUAUUUAGAUUACAAUAUCUAGAUUAGAUUAUAGGAUCUUAUUAUGAAUUAAUAGAGUAUAUAUUUAUAUCAUGUAUACUUUUUGAGUUCAAUUACCUAAUUACAAACUAUCUCAUAUA